AUGGGCCAAGAUGUGCUAGAAAGGGGAACAAGGCCAGUCCUUAUUGGGAACGUCUCUGGCUCCACGGGUGACCGCCUAGAUGCAUUAAAGUCGAUGUUGAAGGGGUCUACGACAGUCGACGCCAUAAUCGGAGAUUGGCUAUCAGAGGUCAACUUGGCAUCGCGAGCGCUCCAGCUCCGUGCAGGAAGCAAGGGCGGCUACGAACCAGGGUUUCUGUACUCACUACGAGCAGGUCUUGAUGAGUAUCUCCAUUACAAGAAUCAACAUCUUCGAAUAGCCGUCAAUGCCGGCGGGCUCAACCCGAAAGGUCUGGCCGAAGAGGUGCAGAAGCUGUUACGUGCUCGAGGAUCAAACAAAAAGGUCGCUUAUGUUGUUGGCGACAACCUACUGUCAAAGCUGGAAGAUCUUGAUGUCCAGCCUUUGACUAGAGCGACUGGUGAUUUCCAGAGUUGGCGACAUAAAUAUCCUGAAAUAAUUCUCGCCAAUGCGUACAUUGGAUGUUGGGGCAUAGUGCGCGCUCUUAAAGAAGGAGCCGAUAUCGUCAUUUGUGGGAGAUGUACUGAUGCAAGCACGGUUAUGGGUGUCGCAGCAUGGUGGCAUGGUUGGAGCCAGGAUGAAGUCGACAAGCUGGCUGGCUCCCUGCUAGCAGGCCAUUUAAUAGAAUGCGGUCCUUAUGUGACCGGAGGCAACUUUGGCGGAUUUCAAGCACUUGCUCCACAAUAUCACGACCUCUCGUACCCAAUCGCUGCGAUUGCAGGGAAUGGUACAAGUGUGAUUCAAAAGCAUGCGGAUCAAAACGGAGUUGUCACCACGGACACUGUCCGUGGACAAUUCUUGUAUGAGAUCCAGGGUCCCUUCUACUACAAUCCCGAUGUCAUCGCAGAUAUCACGAGAAUUGUUUUCGAACCAGUCGGCAAGGAUAUGGUGCAAGUUUCAGGGGUCAAAGGCCUUCUCGCACCUGAGACUCUUAAGCUAGCCAUUAUGGUGGUUGGGGGAUACCAAGCCGAGUUCUCUGUUUACGUGACGGGACUUGACACCAAAGAAAAGGCGGCAAGUUUCGAGUCCAUGUCGCGUAGAAUGGUAAAGGAAAAUGAGUUUCAGGUUCUAGAUUUCCAGCUGUACGGAAGUCCGAAGGAAAAUCCCCGAAACCAAAAUGAAUCAACACUACAGCUUCGCGUGUUUGCGCAGGCUAAGGAUCCAAGAACCCUUGCUCCAGGUCGUCUCCUCGGGCCUCUCAUGAGCAAUCAACUCUCAGGAUAUCCGGGUCUCACGGCCAACUUUGAUUUCCGCACGGCAGAGCCGAAAUUGUUCUGUACAUACUUCCCCGGCUUGGUGAAUCAAGAACAUGUCCAGCAAGUUGUGCAUUUCAUCUCAGCGGAACAAAGCAAUCAGGGAACUCCUGUCUCAAGACAUUCAGCAUAUACUUCCACCAACCAACUACCGCUGCAACCUAAUUACCAGCCUACCAAUCCUGUAGCAUUGUCUUCUUUUGGAUCGACGAUUAAAGUGCCACUUGGUCUAGCCGUCUACGCACGCAGCGGCGAUAAAGGGGCAAAUGUGAAUGUGGGAUUCUUCUUUCCUAGAGGACUCCACGAGCCAUCCAAGUAUGACUGGCUUCGAAGUUUUAUGACAGUCGAUAGGUUACGAGGACUACUGGCAGACGAGGCAACCCCUGACACAUACAUUGAGAGGUGUGAAUUCCUCAAUAUACGGGCUGUCCAUUUUGUGAUUCAUGGUAUCCUCGGCGCGGGUGUGAGCAGUUCUGUCAAGAUGGAUUCGCUAGGAAAGAAUGUAGCAGAAUAUCUGAGAGCCCGACAUGUCGAUAUGCCGCAGAAGUUUCUUGAGAAAGCAGCAAUACUGUAG